AUGGUUAUUUUUAGUAUUCCAAAAUAUAUCUUCAGAGUGAUUCAUAUAUUUGCAGGAUGCUUUAUUCUUGGAAAUGCAUUUGCAGAUCUCAUAUGAGACGAAAGAGACCAAGACAGCUAUACCAUUAUGAAGCUCCUCUGCGUAAUUUUUUUAUUAAUUUCUGGAGCUGCUAAUUUCAUGCCAAACGAAAUUUUUGAUGUUGAUAAAAAUAUUCUUUGGGUGAAACUUAUCCUCGUAAAAAUUGUUCUUUGGCUAUUUUAUUUGCCUUACUUCUGGGCUUGCUUAAUUGGUUUAUUCUCUCCUUCAGCGAUUAUUGAAGUUAUUUUAGCUGUUAUAAUCAUUCUAAUAAGCAGUUUUGCAAAAACAGUGAGAGAAGGGGAUGUCAAGAUCCCUGAAGAGAUAGCAAAUUUAAGGGAUUAA